AUGACGUGCCAUGCCGUCUCGUCUGAAAAACGUCUCGUGUGGCUUGGCUUCAAGUCACAAUUUUUGCAAUCGUGUUGCAUCACAAACACUAGUGACAUACACUGUGUCAGGGUAUGCUACAGGGAGAGAAACGCGCCUUUACAGCUGCUACCUCUGGAAACUGUCUCAUUUGAAAGAUCACUGACUCCUCAACUGUGCAUCGACCAUUGCUUUCGCAAGGGUUAUCCAUAUUCGGGAACACAAAUUUCUUCCGUUCAUUUUGGAACACAACAGAGAAGUCAAUGCCACUGUGGUGAUUUUAAGCCUUCCACAGAACACAAGACUGAUGAGUCGCAGUGCUCGGCCAGCUGCCCAGGUGAUCAGAACAACAAGUGUGGCGGUGAUUGGAGAAUAUCUGUCUAUAGAACCGGGGUCUUCCGAUAUAAUCAAACAUAUGCUGACUCCGGAUAUAAGGGAUGCUACAAUUACGACAGGAGAAUGCUAUCCCAAUAUAAAGUAGAUCUUGUUAAUAAUAACUCUCCCGUGCGAUGCUUGGGUGUUUGCAAAGGCAUUGGCUACAUCUAUGCUGGACUUAAAAGCGGGUGAGUCAAAGCGGAUUCAUUGCAUAC